CAUCGUUACCUUUCUCUGACCAGCCCUCGCCUUACUUCUCUCUUUAUCUCCGUCCUUAUCAUCAUCUCCAUCCAGCCAUGGCUUUCUCUGGCAAGUGGGAGACUGAGUCUCAGCAGGGAUACGAUGAGUUCUGCAAACUGAUUGGUAUCCCUGAUGAUGUGAUUGAGAAGGGUCGGGACUACAAACUCGUGACUGAAGUGGUUCAGAACGGUGAUGAGUACUCUUGGAGUCAGCACUACCCGGCCAAUCACAGCGUCACCAACAAGUUCGUGAUUGGGAAGGAGUGCGACAUGGAGACCAUCGGAGGAAAGAAGUUUAAGGCAACCGUCACCAUGGAGGGCGCCAAGCUGAGCGUGCGAUUCCCCAACUACCACCACACGUCUGAGGUCAGCGGGGGCAAGCUGGUUGAGACCUCCACUGCUACUUCUGCUAAGGGCCCAGUUGUUCUGAUCCGUACCAGCAAGAAAAUCUAACUGCAUCCCUCCUGUGGAACUGAUGGCCCCAGACACGCUUGAAACAAAAUGUAAAAAAGAAUUGAAAUAAUAAUAAUAAAAAACAUAUACUGCCAAA